GUUAUUUACUUUGGAUCAUCUCUCCUGGCUGGAGCAGGUGCGGGCAGCACCUCGUUAGGGCACGCCAGUUAAUCAGGUAUAGUGAAAUAGCAACUGGAUUAAAGACGAGGAGAAGCAGCUGAGUUCAGGGGCUAAAUGAGCACCGAUCCUGUGUAGGGUGAGCACCAGCCGUGUCCUGCCAGAGCGGGGUGGUGCAGAAAAAACUAGUUGCAAAGGAAAGUUUCUCAGCUGAAGGGCGUGUUCUCUGGUGACCCGAGAGCUGCUGAAACGAUCCUUUCAGGACUAUCGCCGAGGGAGAAUGGGGCUGUAGCCUCCCCUCUUCUUCCUGCUCCUCCUCCCCACGCUGGCCUUUGUUGGGAUUCCAGCUGUGCGAGGAGUAGUGAGGGGCUCGCGUGGCUCGGCCCCAAGCCGCCUCUCUGAUUGGCCGGUGGUGGGCAGGAAUGAGCCAGGCACACUCCAACCGGGCUGAUAAGAUAAAGCGUGCCAAGGGGGCACACGCUGUAUUGAUCAGGAAAUCCCCAUUGUCUCAGGCCGGUAUAUAUAGGAGCUCAAAGGCGGUCGUGUGCCUGACGCAAAGCCUUCACUCUGCUGCACUUGAGAGGAGGCUGCUCCGCAUCCCCAAGGGGUCAGAAGACAAGGGGACCAAUUUGGCUGGGUUCUUGCAACAGUGCUACUCCCUCAGCGCCAGCUUCACCCCCAGGGGAUCCAGGAUGUCUCCCAAGACCGAUUGUUCUCCUGGUGCCCAGGUGAACAGUGAGGGGGAGCAGUACUACGGUGUGUCUGACGAUGAAGGCUCCGCUUCCUCCCUUGGCACUGGCAGCCUGCCUUCCUCUCCCAACCCUUCCCUGGCUCGGCUGCAGGCAGGAGGCAGCCCUGCAGACGAGGGGCCCUCUCCGGAGUGCCCGCAGAAGAAACAGAAGGCCAGAAGGGGACGCACAAAAGCCAAAAGCGAAGUGGUGCUGACGAAGCAGAAGAGGAACCGCAGGAUGAAAGCCAACGACAGGGAGAGGAACCGCAUGCACAACCUCAACUCCGCCCUGGAUGCUCUUCGCAGCGUCCUCCCCACCUUCCCCGACGACGCCAAGCUCACCAAGAUUGAGACGCUUAGGUUUGCCCAUAACUACAUCUGGGCACUGACCGAAACCCUGCGGAUGGCCGACCACAGCCUCCUGAGUGUGGGGCACCAGGAGCUGGCCAGGGAGCCUUUCCGGCAGCCUCCUACCACCGCCUGCCUGCUGGAGCUGACCAGUCCCGGCAGCAUCUCGCCUUGUGAAUGGGACUCGCUGUACUCUCCAGUCUCCCAGACCGGCAGCCUGAGCCCCACUGACUCCCUGGAGGAAGGGCGCUCUUACCAGGCUGCGGACGCCCCGGCCUGCCUCAGGCACAGCCCUUAUGCCUUCCCGGAGUUUGUCUGAGGCUAGGACUGUGUUUUGGGGACUUUCCCCCCUUCUCUCUUUCUUUCCCUUCACUUGUUUGCAGCUGCAAACCCAAAAAACGAUGCACGGAUGGUUAAACCAUGCGCCUCUUUGGACACGCGCUGCCUCCAGGCCCCAGGAGAGGAGAACGAUCUUUGAAGUGACUCUCUGAAAUCAGCUUUUCCCGCUUUGCCUUAAAACUUAAUGGGGAUCAACCCAAUGGAUAUGCACUUUCCAGGGCUCCUGCUAGAGCCGGAGCACGUAGGGUGCGUUAGGAACUCUGAGUGUUUAGAGAGGGAUACUUUUUUUCUUUUUGUAAUUGGGGAACCUCUCGCUCACGUAUGGGCGGUUUGGGUGUAUGUGAUCAAUAUUUCACCGGGUGGUAAGUUUCAGACAAAGUUCUUUUUGAUGUAAGAUGGUAGCACGUCUUUAAAAAUCAAAUUUUUUUACUUGGAAAUGGUAAAUUAUAUUAAUUUUUUCACAGUUGGUAUUUAUUGAUUAUAUUUCAUAACGAAUAUAUAUUUUGUACAUAAGAUUAUUUUUUGGCACCGGUUUAAAUGAUUGUACUAAGCAGGUUUGGCGGUGUUAAUUAAAAAAAAAGGAAAAUAAAGCCUGUCUCUUUUAGA